CCGCCCCGGCAGUGUAUUGCACCGAGAGGUGUUAAUGUUUGUUGACUAGUUGACUAUUCUGUAGACGCUGUAGACCGCGACUCGGAGUAACAUUCGCGUUCUGCCUCCUACUCUCCACAAGAAAAAGAAGAUGUUGGAUUACAUCAAGAAGAAAAUAGCUUGGCUCGUUCUCCAAUAUGAGCUAAUUACUUGUUUAAAUAUGUUUGAGCCAUGGGAACAAAUGUGCCUCAAUGCAACCGUCCUGCUUGUUGUGUCGCUGGUAUCCUAUUCUUCGUAUGUUUACCUACCCCACUACAUCAUGUCUCUCAUCAACAGUGCAUGGAGCGUAGUCUCUAGUGGUGAAGAACGUGUAGAAUAUCGAUUUGAGUCAGGAUAAACAUCUUCCUCUCAUGAAAUUGACAAAUAUGAUAUUUGACCACCAACAUGUGUUUAUCUCCCCUUCUAUAUUCUCUGUAUUAAUCGGAACAGACAGACCGUUCUUCAUUAAAAACAACAGCUUUUUGUAAAAGAGUAUAGGAAGAUGGCCGAAGUAGCACUGUCCAAAAUUUUCAGUAUUUGUUCUUUUUUUGGGAACAGUUUUAAUCAUUAAAGCACUGAAUCUUCCAUUCCUUUUACAAUUUUUUAGUGUGUGUUUGUGUUCAUUGCAUUUUUUUCUUGUAUGAUUGGUUCCUAUGUUAUGUAUGGAAUUAACGGAUUAGAUGCAGGCUCUUCUUGCUCUGCACUAGAAUGAUGAGCGACUAUAGCCUUGUUCAAAAACUGUCUCAUUAAAAUCAUUGUCAUUUUUAUAUAGGUUUAAAAAAAACAAAAAAAAAAAACACUAUUGGCUUAACAAGUUACAAAGAAUACAAAAUUAAUGCAACUGUGCUUAUGCAAUAAUAGUUUGAAACCACUGCAAGUAUAAUGAAGUUUUAGAAAUAUUUUUUUUUUAAAGAGGUGCAGGAAAUUGUUUAUAUUUUAUUUAUCUGGCAUAUUUAAGGUUUGCGUAAGCACAAUAACAUAUCAUGAAAGCAAUGAUGUUGAAAGACCCAUGAAUUUUGGAAUAAAUUGUACUUACCACAGGAAUAUAUGCUUUCUCCAUGUCAGAUGACAGUUUUGGCUGUAUUUGUGCACUUAACAUUAAAGGCUGUGGAAUUUGUUUUGUGAUUGAUAUUUUAUUGUUUGUUAAAUAUUUGUAGCCUUCCUUGAAACACUGUUUAUAUUGAUAAGUUAGUUUUGCACCUAUCCGCUCGUAAAAUUCACAUUGUCUUUCUUUUAAAAAAAUCAAGUUGCAGACACAAGCUCUGAUUUUUUUCAUGGUGUCUGUGUCUGACUAGUUAUAGUCUGUAUGCUUAUUGCAUUCCAAACAAGCAGUCGUUAUAGCCCUUUUUGAAGUUGAAGAAGAUAUAGUCUGGACACCACCAUUAAGCCUAAUCUUAAAAUGUGUGACUUAGAUAUUUUAUUUUGUCUGCAUGCCUCAAACUCAGUAGUUAAACUGGAAACAAACGUAUGUACCAUUAUUUUUCCAAGGAAAAUUUGAGUCUUAAAAAUCAAGUUGUUAAUAUUUCCAAUCUAAAAAAAAAAAGUAUUUACUCAUCACAACGUUGAGCUCAAAUUAGCAUGAUUAAAUGUGUUGUGUUGAACUACA